ACGCUCCGCCCGGCGGGGAUUGAACCCGCACCCGAGAAGCGCCGCCCCCGCUCCCGCCCCGCCCCGCUCCGGCCGCGCCGCCGCUGCCGCCUACCCGCACCCGCCGUCAUGCUCCGGGCCGCGCUGCCCGCGCUCCUGGUGCCGCUGCUGGGCCUCGCCGCUGCUGCCGUCGCGGACUGUCCUUCAUCUGGCUGGAUUCAGUUCCAAGACAGUUGUUACAUUUUUCUCCAAGAAGCCAUCAAAGUAGAAAGCAUAGAGGAUGUCAGAAAUCAGUGUACGGACCAUGGAGCAGACAUGAUAAGCAUACAUAAUGAAGAAGAAAAUGCUUUUAUAUUGGAUACUUUGAAAAAGCAAUGGAAAGGCUCAGAUGAUAUCCUACUGGGCAUGUUUUAUGACACAGAUGAUGCGAGUUUCAAGUGGUUUGAUCAUUCAAAUAUGACAUUUGAUAAGUGGACAGACCAAGAUGAUGGUGAGGAUUUAGUUGAUACCUGUGCUUUUCUGCACAUCAAGACAGGUGAAUGGAAAAAAGGAAAUUGUGAAGUUUCUUCUGUGGAAGGAACACUAUGCAAAACAGCUAUCCCAUACAAAAGGAAAUAUUUAUCAGAUAACCACAUUUUAAUAGGAUUGGUGAUUGCCAGCACAGUAAUUUUGACAGUUUUGGGAGCAAUCAUUUGGUUCCUGUACAAAAGACAUUCUGAUUCUCAUUUCACCACAGUUUUUUCAACUGCAUCCGAAUCACCUUAUAACGAAGACUGUGUUUUGGUAGUUGCAGAAGAAAAUGAAUAUCCUGUUCAAUUUGACUAAGCUUUUGGUAAUCUUGCACUAAGAUAUCAACAAAAUGCCUUGGCCGAGAUUCUUGGGAAGGAUUUUAAUAUAAAACUUGACAUUGGAUCUUAGAACUUUAAUGGUAUUCCUUAUUUUAGUAACAUUAUUUUUAUGUAUUCAUCUGUUGUGACAAAAAUUUUUAGGUUCAUCAUAGAAUCAGGUUUUAGAAAUGAUCAUAGAACUAAUGCAGUGAUUUUAACCACCUCGUCAAAUGCAGAAUGUCACUUGAAUGAAGGAAAGCUUUAAGCCCAAGAAGCAGAUAAAAAUAAAAGCCCAGCCUAUUUGUCUUGCCUGAUGUAUCUUCCCUUCUAUUUACUUAUAUGUUUAUUAGUAAAUAAUGGGGAAUAAGUGAUUUUAAGUACAUCCCAUACAUUUAAAUUUCUUUGAUAAUGGUUACUUUGGCAGGUAAUUCCUCUAGAAUGUAUAUCUCCUUUUAUGAUUUAGAUGAAGAAAAUUUUACAACUUUUACAACACCCCUUAAUUUUAGUUUCAUUACUUUUACACACACCAUUUUAUCACGAUUCAAGUUUUAAUGGAAGUUUAUAAAUUUUUUCAAACAAAAUAUGAUGGCUGUGUCCAGGAAGGCAUGGAGAAAGCUGGCAAUUAGGUUAACAUAUAUCAGAGUGCCACUUUAAGGAUUUCUCUCCUGCCACCAUACCUUUUGUGCCUUCCCCUAUACAAGAUAUAUCUCAUUCUCCUCAAGCAUUUAUUAAUUUUUCUUUCAAAGACAUGAAAACUGUACGCAAAAACCAAAGA